UCCCGAGUGACAGGGCAACGCGAUCGACCCUAUUCCGCGCUUCCGACCCGCGGAACCGAAACUAUGUCGCGUGUUUGUAACGGUCCAGCGUUCCCAUCACGCGGGAGAGGUAUAUUUUUGCAAAUCAUUCCCAUGCAUAUAUAUAAACGCAAAAUAUUAAAUAAAAAGGUAUAUUUUAAAUUUUUAUUCCUAAUUGGCCGUCAAUCCCAUCGGUGCAGUAAUGUGAAAAACACAAGAUUGUUCCUAGUAAUGAUAGCAAGAGUUUAGCAUAAGCUCAAGUAACAUUUCAACCACAUGAAAGUUGAGACACCUGUGAGGGCAAGACACCUGUGAGGGCAAUUGCGAAAGCUGGCUCGCAUUUCCAUUAUUAUUAUGAUGCUCCCUAGAAUUUCAAAUAGUCAUGUGGUUGGUAUCUUUACUAUUCUUUAUUUAUUUAUUUAUUGCCAUUGCACACAUGCUAAUUUAAAAGACCUUCUAAUUACUUGCCUGGUUGUCGAAAAAUAUACAUGGUACAAAUUGUCUCGCCAACUACUUAUUUUGCAAUUCCUUUUUAGCCAAAACCACUGGCUUUUCAAUUCUCGAAACAUAAUAGAACUCGUUCUUCUAACCAUUUUAUAACGGUUUUUACCGAUCUAUGUGAAGUUUGAUGUUGCACAAAUCGAUCAACUUGUUAUAGUUAGGUGACUUAAAUUACAUAGCAUGAUAUAUAUUUAUAGAGGAUUAAGGUAGUGGUGGAGCGCACUUGUAGUAGGAUGUGCAUUCCUUUGUCUCGUCCUUUCUCACACACUUGCUGGUUAUUAAGUGGGCCAUCUGACAGUGCAUACAGGAACUUUCCCCUUCUCUGGUUCCCCCUCCUCCCUCUACAGUACUCUCCCCAAAAUCUCUCCUCACCGGCCCCUCUUCCCCUUCGAUUCCAGUGGCUUGCCGCCAGCGAGGGUUGGAGGAGGGGUCCGGCCACCUCCCCUCUACUAGUAUUAGGUUGUUAAUCUGUUAUUAGGUCGUCAGGUGUCUCCUGUAGUUAGGGUUUGUCCCUAGUUGGUCUUUUGCCGGCGAGCUCCAUGGGUGCCGGUGUGGUCGGAUGCGGCGGCGGUUGGUGGCGGUGGAGAUGCGAGAUCCGAAGACCGGUGGAUGAAUCGACGGAAAAGGCUGGUUCCUUGCGGCGGCGGCGGCUACAUCGUCGUCGGCGACCGGGAGAAGCCGGCUCCUUGCGGCGGUGCCAGUUGCUUCGUCGUCGGUGUCCGGGAUGUCGCCGUCCCGACGAAUCGACGGAAAAAGCUGGCUCCCUGUGGCAGUGUCAGUGGCUUCGUCGUCGGUGUCCGGGAGGUCGCCGCCCCGUUCCUAGAGACGGCGGCGGCAGCUUCUUGAGGCCUGCUUCGCCAGGGCAAGCUGUCGCCCGGAGCUUGCUGCUCGUGGUGCUUGACAGCCUGUUGGCGAGGUGGCGGCGAUUCUGCCAGUGCAUGCUUGAGUGCUUCCUAUACCAUGGUUCCAUCAGUCAAGUCUCGCAGGAUUUCUCUCCCCCUUUCUCGCAUGUCGAUCCAAGAAGACAGCAGUUUGUUUGCCACCAUUCGAGUUCUUCAGUGGGUUUGGGGAUCUGGAUGUGGGCUCCUUCUUCCUCUGUGUUUCCCACCAGCUCAUUCCAUGCAAGGUUUGUUGUUCGGGUUGAGCUCACGCUUCUCAGAUUUAACGACGAACUCCGUGGACUUCUCUUGCUGAGUCCGGUGAUGCCCCCUCAAAAUCUACGGCUCAGCAGCAAACCUCCCUUUUGUGCAGUCUUCGUGGAGGCAACCGGAUGGGGAUUACCAGUUUGUCAAGCGUGCUGCACGCCAAAGGAGGCCCAAGGUUGCAUUCGUCGCGGCAUUGCCGCAGCUCCCUGUUGAUGUGCACCUUCUCUGCUGCGUGGUUUCAUCAUGAAGUUUGUAGCCUUAGUGCAGUUCCCCGUUCUUUCGAAACGGAUGGUUUUAUGCUUCCUUUUUAUCUGUUUGGCAAUGUACUGGGAUUUAUUCCCGUGAACUCUGUCGCUCUAUAUUAAUGGUUGUUUAAGUUUCAAAAAAAA